UGUAGUAAUCCAAGAUAGACAAUCAGCUUUUGGAUUGUUGCAAUCUGAUCAAUGCUAAUUGGUUACUUUUGGUUCCUGUACUUGGUUUUUUGCCUUACAGUAUAAGCAUUUACUGUAUGUCUAAUGCAGGGGUGGAUUGACCAUUCGGAAACUUGGGCACUGCCCGAGGGCCCGGGGUCAGUAGGGGGCCCCAUGAGAUGCCCCUGGUACCUUUUUCAUAGGCUUUUUUCAGUUUGGGCAAAGACACAGGGGCCCCAUGAUCCCCUAUUGCCCGGGGGCCCCAUGAGUUGUCAGUUCGCCCCUGGC